ACUUUUCAAUGCCCGUUUACAUCCUUAAGUAACAAGUUGAAUUGGGGUCUCUUGUGAAAGGCGGAUUCAUCUUUAUUCUUUCUAUCUAUGUGGUCUUCUUCUAAAAUAUUUAGCUUCACGUUAUAUCAUUUAAUCUUAUUUAUAUGAGCAUUAUCUACAAGGGGCUGAAUGUUGAGUAGUUAUUGGAUUAUUCGCAUGAGUCUGUACUCCCAUUGGAUAGUUUAUAUGUCAGUCAUGUCAUAAGCGGUCAGAAAAGUAUCCUCUCCACAACUUGUAAUGUAUACACUUGCAUCGCUGUUACUGCAUAACGACCAUCGGCAAGGAUAACAAGCGGGCCUGUGUUGUGCCAGCAGGUAAGCAUGCUGAACACCUAAGCUGUGCUGUGAUCCAAAGGUCACCAUGGAGACGGAGGAUGCGCCUGCGCAUUGUGCGCAAAGCGGUAAUGAUAGCUCCGAGACCUGCACGGUGUCUGUCAAAGGUCUAACAGAAAACUGGCAGAAAUGGUCUAAUGAUCACUGCGAAAGCCAGAAACACAACCCCUUCAGCAACGGCAAGGUGACCCCUCCUCAGAUCCAGCGAGGACAAGACGGUUACGGCAGGCCUUUAGAGGGAUCUAAAACAGAGCAGAGGGGGAAAGACGCACACUCUCGCAUAAACGGAGAGGUCAUAGAACUCUGUCAGGUGAUCAGAGACAAUGGGCUGAGAGGAGAGGACGGCAGGACCGCUGUGCGCUUCGAUGCGCUUUUUGAGAGAUACGUUACCAUCUCUAAUAAACUAGUGGGAGUUCUGCUGCGCGCGCGCAGGCAGGGGCUGGUGCACUUUGAAGGCGAGAUGCUGUGGCAGGGAAGAGAUGAUGGAGUGCUCAUUACUUUAUUACAGCAAGGAUAAACUCCACGUGCCUGCCUACCAAAUAUAGUAGCGUCAAACUUUACAUUAUGGAUAGUUUACAGGCUGCGUUUGAUGGAGUGUUAAAGCACAACCAUUGCACUAUUGCAAGUUGCUCAUGGAAUGUUUUAUAUUUGUAAUCAAUU